GCGCAGACGGCGGCAGCGUAAAAAUGUGUGGAUGCGCUUUCGAAGCCUUAUUACGAUCCGAGCCGAGCGAGCUUUCGUCCGCGCCGCGAGUGCUUCUGUGUGACAGUGCGAUAUCCGUGCCGGCCGUUGGCAUGGCCGGGCCGUAGAUGGCUGAUGGGCGUCGCGCGGGGGGCUAUGGCGGGCGGCCGGUGAGGCGCCGGCCCCGCCGACCGGCCCGAGCGGCCGGGGCGAGCGCCCCACCAUGUCCUUGCUCAGCGUCACAGUAAAAAAGGCGCGUUAUGUUGGUUUACAAGCAACACAAUUCAACACAUACGUGACUCUCAAGCUACAGAAUGUCAAGUCGACGACGGUGACAGUAAAGGGCCCGACUCCAUGCUGGGAGCAAGACUUUCUUUUUGAGAUUAACGACAUCAACCUCGGCCUGCUGGUGGAGGUGUGGAACAAGGGUGUGAUCUGGGACCGCGCACUCGGCUACCACUACUUGCCGCUCACUUCUGUCGCAUAUGACACGCAGGAGUGCGGCGGGCGGUGGGUGGAGUUGGAGGCGCAGUUGAUGAUGCGCGGCGGCGCCGUGGUCGGAACCACCGGCCCCACCGGGCAUGCUCUACUGCUUGACUGCCGAUUUGAGCCGCCGUUUGAUGCUGAAGGCACCGGGGGCGCCGACCUUCAACGCAAGUUGGACCUGCUCAAUGGCGCCCUUGAUGCCGAGCGCGCUGAGCAGGCUCGCCGGCAGCUACAGUACGUCGCCCACUCUGGUUACUCAGAAGACUCAGAUUACACUUCAGACCUCAACUACCCGGUCGGCCAGCACGCCAAUUGCAGCGCGUCGCAGUUCCGCAGCGCUGCGCAUCAGAUGCACACACCGCAGCGGUCGUUAGAAGCAUCUCGUGAGAACUCGUACGAAAGGGAAGAAUAUCACAUGCACGGCGACACGGAUCCACUUUACUACAAUAGCCAGCCUAGAACAAAUAGGAUAGAAACAUGGUCGCAGAUGCACGCGCAGGCGAGCGUGGAGUCGGCGAUAUCCUGGCGGACGGCGGCGGACUGGCAGUCCGGAGAAGAGCAGCGGCGGCCGAGCUUGGAGCGGCAGAACACGCUGUACGAUGACAGUAUAGGCUACGGGUACGACCCGUACACCACCAGCACGCAUAUUAGGGACCACCCGCACAUAACCUCUCAGCCGAGUUACGAGGAGUACUAUGACUCGAGCUGCUACCCAUACCCGUACGACUGGGACGAGUGCGGCCUCACGCCCACUGAGUACGAGAACUUCCUCAACAAGCGCCGCUCCUCCGUCGUGCAGCUGCCGCAGAUACCGCCUAAACAGUUACCACCGUCUUCCCGCUACUCUGACUACAAUGAGAUGGCUCCGUAUAGACCGCGGCCGCGACGUACCGCGGCCAGUCUACCAGCGACGCCAUCGUCGACGCCGAAGCGCGGGCGCGCGUUGCCCGUGCCGCCGGGGGAGAGCUGGGCGCGGCGCGGGCGCAGGCUGCCCCGCCCCCCCGCGCGCGCCCCCUCCGCACUGCCCAGAGCUCACGUGCCUUACACUCAAGAUUUAGAGAGGACUGUGCCCGACGUAAGUAGUUACGACAGCUACGGGUACCAGCCCCAUGUACAAGACACUGCCACUGACUCCUAUCAAGACACCAAUUAUAAUACAAGCUACGACGAUGAGGGCAUGCAGCCGUUCUUUGAUGAGACACCCCACGCGACACCGCCGGCGGCGACAGCUCAAAAAACAACGUGGGGCGAUACUCAAACACAGGACAAUACAGGACAGUUCUCGUAUCCACCGAAAACGGAGGAAGAGAGUUUUUUGAAGUCUUUAUCUUCCAAGAUUCAAGCAUUUACACAGUCGAAGACACCAGUAGUAACGACGAAACAAGAGGUGUAUCAGGAUCAGAGUUAUUCUAAAUUUUCUCUGUCACAAACAACAACAGUGACCACGAAACAAGAUGUAUAUCAAGACCAAAGUUAUUUAAGUUAUACGCAAUCACAACCGGCAAUAGUGACCACAAAACAGGAGGUAUAUCAAGAGCAAGGCUACUUCAAUUAUACGCAGUUGGAAACGCCUAUAGUGACUACAAAACAAGAAGUUUAUCAGGAUCAAAGCUAUUUAAAUUUUACACAGUCAGAGCCACCAAUAGUGACAACCAAACAAGAUGUUUAUAGUGAUCAAAGUUAUUUAAAUUUUACGCAGUCAGAUCUCCCUGUAGUAACUACCCAGCAGGAUGUGUACCAGGAUCAAAAUGAUGAACAAUUUGAUACGUCAUACAUUCAAAAACAGUUACAACAAUAUGAACAACAAGAUCAAGCCUACAAUGACUUACAAAAUCAAUACUCGGAGCAAAAAACAGAUUACCAGUCGGAUUAUAGUCAACAAUAUCACGAUGAUCAAAAGUCCCAAAGUUAUCUACAGGAUUACGACCAAUAUAAUACAAAAGAAGACGCGCAAAAGUAUGAUACUUAUGACUUCCAAGCUGACCAACAACAAGAAAAAUCAUAUGGUGAUGACAGCUAUUUGCAAGACAGAAAAUACUCAUAUGCGGAUCAAGGUCAACAAGAAAAAUAUGACUUUCAACAAGAGGAAAGUCAACAGCAACAGUAUGAUUACCAACAUGAUCAAAAUCAACACAAAUAUCAGGACGAGUAUGGCCAACAACAAUUUGAUCAACAAACGUAUGACCAACAGUAUGAACAAAACCAGUUAAUGGCAGGUGGUGCCAAAAAACUCGGAAGUUUCUUUGGAGCUGCAGCUGCAGCUGUUGCAGCCCCUGCUAUGAGUCAACCACAGCCGACCCAGCCAACUGCGACAACUGCUCCAGUUACAAGAAUAAUGCCAACCGUUACCUCUACCUCACAAUUCACAACCGCUUCAGGCCAUCCUGAAACAACAUCCGUCCCCGAUGAGUCAUCAAUCUACGAACCUACUGUUACAACCACUGCUCCAACGUUACCGAGAACACCUUCUUUGAGAAGGCAAGAGUCGAUACAAAGACCGUCAGUGCAGCGAACGAGGACAUUGCCCGAAGCUCCUGAUGAUUAUACUCCCGGUGAAUUAGACGAAAGUGCCUACGAAGAUGAGUACCAAAAGACUGAAAUAGAUCAAGUAGACAGAGCAUCUUUGGAUAGGUAUCGUGAUGACGAUUUGGUCCAUGAUACGAUCCUUGAAGAUGUUGCUGCGGAAGCCCGAGCGGCGGAGGAAACUGCUAGCGUACAUAUGACGUCGUCGCCUGCUAAGAAUGGCUCCGUGACGAGGAAGCCGUCAGUCGAUAGCCAUGUCAGCCACGCGCCUUCCGUUCUUGAUCGAAAAACAUCACAAAGCUCAUUCGUAUCCCAACACGAAGAUAAAGUAUCGAUCUCGACGACCUUGGAAGAGGGUGCUGACAAAUCGAAAGUGGGUUUCAAAGAGGAACGGCAAAAGUACCACGAGGUCCCCGAAGAACAGGACAGAUUAGAGCCAAGAGAGUCCUUUGACGAGCCAGCAACAGAGUACCAGGAUGAGGAGCAGGACGAACGAUUCGAAGACGAUAAAUUCGACCAGGAGGGAUUCAACGAAGCCGAUGAACAGUACCAGGAUGACAGUGUCUUCAAUGAGGAGCAGGGACGAGCUGACGAGGAACCGCUGGACUUCCAACCGGAGCAACCGAAGCUGACGCCGAAGCAGAGAUGGCACCGAGCCUACAACAAGAUCGUGAUGCAGCUGAACUACACGAUGGUUCGGCGACGGAAGUGCCAAGCGGCCAGCGAGGCCGAUGUGCGACGAGACCAGAACUUCAUGAAUUCGGGGUCGCGCCUUCGGGUCCGCCGAGGAUCCAGUCUGACGGACUUGGACAAGCUCCGCUGCAACACUGGGUCCAGUGGAGGAGGAUCGAUCGGGGAUCUCAUGAACAUGUUCAGUGGUAGUGCCAAUUCGGUGGGCAGCGAUACGUUGGUGGCGAGAACGGUGCCUCUUGAGACGGUGAAGAGGAGUAUUCCGCCGGCGCCGACGCCGCCACCCCAACCAAUGCCGUCUCCUCUUAUACACGUAUCAAGACCGGUCGGUCCCCUCACCAUGGCCCAAAGGACCUUGAGAUUCAGUAGGCUGCUGAAGUACCAGCCCUGCUUCACUGACGUUCAAUGGGUGAGUUUCCCCUAA